AUGGGCGCCGCACCGCCCAGCGGCAGUGCCUCCUCCGACAUCCAGGCCGGCGGCGUCAUCUCCAACGACGGCGGCGCGGCCAUAGUCACCCAGUACGGCGAGACCAAGCGCGGCCUGAGUCCCCGCCACGUCCAGUUCAUGGCCAUCGGCGGCUCGAUUGGAACGGGACUCUGGAUCGGAAUCGGCGGAGUGCUUACCAAGGCUGGACCGCUGUCGCUCGCUUUUGGCUACACGUUCUGGGGACUUCUCUACAUCCGGCCGCUCAACCUCGUCGCCGAAAUGUGCGCCUACCUGCCGAUCCGCGGCUCCAUCUUCGAGCUCGCGAGCCGCUUCGUCGACCCAGCCCUCGGCUUUGCCAUGGGCUGGACAUACUUCUUCGCCGGCCUUAUGCUCGUCUGCACCGAGUACUCUGCUAUCGCCACCGUCAUCCAGCACUGGGACCCCAGCACGAAUCCCGCCGCGUGGAUCGCCGUUGCCAUGUUCUCGUGCAUCAUUGUCAACGUGGUUGCCGUCAAGUGGUACGGCGAGGCCGAGUUCAUCAUGGCGUCCACAAAAGUCCUGCUUCUUUUCGCCCUUAUCCUGAUCACCAUCAUCACCAUGGCCGGUGGUCUAUGA